UCUAGUUAACUUGGUGGCUCGCUGACGUCACGUGGUUAAGUUGAGAAACAACAACAGAGACACGGUGGUGUACUCACGGAAUGAAUUGGAAUCGGAUCGUGUCGUAGCCACCGCUCCUACCUGGCGCCGUCUUUCACUUUCUGCUUCUCCCAUCUCCCACUAAACAACCAUGGACCUGGAUCCUCGCCAAUACGAAAACCUUGCUGUAAAUGAUAAUGACAUCCACAACAUUGUUCUGUCAUAUCUUAUACAUAAUUGCUACAAAGAAUCGGUAGAAUCAUUCAUUGCUUGCACGGGAGCAAAGCAGCCGACAGAUUAUUUGGAGGACAUGGAUAAAAGGAAAAGAAUUUUUCACUUUGCACUAGAGGGAAAUGCACUCAAGGCUAUUGAGCUUACUGAACAGCUGGCAAAGGAUAUUCUAGAGAACAAUAAGGAUUUGCAGUUUGAUCUACUAAGCCUUCAUUUUGUUGAGCUUGUCUGCUCAAGGAAAUGCACAGAAGCUUUGGAGUUUGCUCAGACCAAAUUGGGCCCUUUCGGAAAGGAGCCCAAAUAUAUGGAAAAGCUUGAAGACUUUAUGGCCCUUCUUGCUUAUAAGGAGCCAGAGAAAUCCCCAAUGUUUCAUCUCCUUAGCUUAGAGUAUCGGCAACAGGUUGCAGAUAGUUUGAAUCGAGCCAUUCUUGCACACUUGAAUCUUCCCAGUUACACAGCAAUGGAGAGGCUAAUACAGCAGGCUACAGUUGUAAGACAAUGCUUAAGUCAAGAAGCUGGCAAGGAUGGGCCACCAUUUUCCUUAAAGGAUUUUCUCAAAAGUUGAUGGAAAACAGUAAAAAAUGGAGAGUCAAUUGGGGAAUGAAGCUCGUUUACCUUGAACCUUUCUCGUCUCAUAUUGGAUUGGUGUACGGUUUCAUCAUAGUGUAAAGUUUUUUGAAUGCCUUUUCAUCUAUAAAUUCUUUGUUUCCAAGCUAUCUUCUUCUUUUUGGUCUUGCUGCACUUUUGCGAGGCAUGAGUAAUCUAUGAGUGAUCAUGGCCAAAAAUGCAAGAUUGAGAUGAUCCUCCUGUCCGAGGCAGUUGACCUCAUCUGGGACCUAAUUUCCACUGCCAUAAUUUCUACUAAUUUAAGUUAUUUUCAAUCCAUUGAAAGGUUGGACAGACAAAAUUAAGUACCAUAAUUUCCCUUAAUUUAGAUGAUUUUCAAUCCAUUGAGGUUGAGCUGCCAAAAUUAAGGAUAUAUAUAUUAUAUUGUUUAAAUAUUUGAUGUAAAAUCUUUUGGUUACAUGUAUGUGGAUAUGAAAGGAAGAUUGAAGACUUCAAUCUCUUUUGUCAGUAAGUUUCAAGUUAUCAAUCAAAACGUUGGGUGUGUACAAAA